CUUACAAAUUCUAGUGAAAUGGAAGCAUUCAAUUGUACGCUUGGGCCUUUUACAGUGCAGGUCAGAUAUUUUCUGUUCUCGUCUUAUCCGUCACGAUUUUUUUCAUUCUGGGAAAAAGAUAUGUCGUGAUGACGUAUCAAUUAAUGGAAAAAAAAACCGACGACGUUUCGUUGAAUUCGUUUUUGGAACGUUUUAUAUACAAGCAUCUUGAAAUACAAAGAUUUUUCAUUGUUCUUAAUAAUCAAUGGGAUGUUCUACUACCGGCGAUCUAUGCUCAUUUCAUUUACGUGACAGGAUUUGUAUUGUACGGCGCCAUAUUUGUGGAUAUGAUGCCGGUAUUGAAAAAUGCCACAAUAAUUAUAGCCGUGAAUCUCUUAAUCGGAUGUAUUGCAGUCUCUAGGGCAUUAUCGAUUCUAACUUCAAUUAUGUACGAUAAUUUCAUUUCUGUGGGAAGAUUCUCUUCUAGUAAUCUGCCUUUAGAAUACAAAUUUAAAAUUAUCGAUUUUAUGAAAAAAUUUGGCCGAAGACCUUUCGGAAUAUGUGUGAAUGGAUUCUUUUUCGUCAAGAAAAAUUUUGUGAUUAGAGUGGUGAGUGGUCUUUAUUCGGUGUUAUCAUCCGUAAUUCAGUUAACCGGUGUUCUUGAACGAAAAAGAUGA